AUGGCGUCAUUGCUGACCCUGGUGGACGAUGUUUUUUCUGACGAGGACAGUAAGGAAGCUCAGUCGGACGUCCAGCGUGUCCUCAGGCAACCGUCCUGGUCUCGGACAGAGGACGUGGGACAGGACAGCAAUGUCCACAUACCCUGGCCCGAUGACUUUGAAGAGUGGUCACUGAUGCAAGAAGAGGAAUUCCAGCAGGGCAGAUGGCGGCGUUCCGCCCGGGACCCAAACUCACCCAGAACAUCAAGGCGGAACCGAAAGAAGACCAAGAGCAGCCGCGACUGCCAUUUGGAGAGGAAGGAGAUGCGGGUGCGAGAGCUUGGCCUCGGGUAUGAUUCCGACGAGAUAGUCCUCUUUAAGUACUGUGUUGGCACGUGCCACAGCUCCCGCAGGAACUAUGACCUGGCCCUCAAGACUCUGAUGGACAGUGGGAGCAUCUCUGGCAAAAAGGUCAUCGGUCAGCCCUGCUGUCGGCCUACUCGCUAUGAGACUGUGUCCUUCAUGGACGCGCAGACUUCCUGGCAGACGAUUAAGUGGCUCUCGGCGGCCAACUGCAGCUGUGUGGGCUGA